CGAAUUUCAAUUUCAUCCAAAUUUUAUUUCGUUUCGUAUAUUUUUAUCGUGUCAGUGUCAUCAAAUUGCUCUUUCUUAUCUAGUCCAAUACCAUGACAAACAAUAAAGGCGUGCUUGUAAUACGACGACGUAAAAGGGAAACGACCCUCAUGCCACGUCAAUCUCCACUGUCGCACGUGAGUUCUCCCUAUAUUAGAUCUAACGGUUAUCAAACACACAACUCGAGAUUGAAAAUUUUGAGUCGGUAAAUCAGAGCUUAUGGGGAAGGAAGUACAGAAAUCAGAAGUAGAGCCAAAACCGGUCGCCGAUGGUAAAGAGGAAUCAAAGGAGCCAUCUCUACCUCCGCCGAUUGUUUUAAGAGUGUUCAUGCAUUGCGAAGGAUGUGCUAGCAAACUCCGGCGAUGUCUCAAAGGAUUCGAAGGCGUUGAGGAUGUUAAGACGGAUUGUAAGACGCAAACGGUAGUAGUGAAGGGAGAGAAAGCAGAUCCAUUGAAGGUUCUAGAACGGAUUCAGAAGAAGAUUCACCGGCAAGUUGAGCUUCUCUCUCCGGUACCAAAACCUCCAGCUGAUCAGCCUAAAAAAGUCGAAGAUAAAGAGGCGUCGAAACCUGAAGAGAAGAAAGAGGAGGUUCCUCCACAGGUGAUUACGGUGGUUUUAAAAGUUCAUAUGCAUUGUGAAGCUUGUGCACAAGAAAUCAGAAAACGCAUAAUGAAGAUGAAAGGGGUGGAAAGUGCAGAAGCCGAUCUAAAAAGUUCAGAGGUGGCGGUGAAAGGCACAUUUGAGCCGCAGCAACUGGUGGAAUACGUUACCAAGAAAGUAGGCAAACAGACUGCGAUUGUGAAACAAGAUCCAAAGCCCAAGGUACCUGAAGACGACAAAGGUAAAGAUGCAAAAGUCAAGAAAAAGGAAAGCGAUGCCGAUAAGAAGAAGGAAGAGAAGAAACCGGAAGAAGCCGCCGGCGGCGGCGGAGAAGUAGCGGCGCAACCAAAGGAGGCGGCGAGCGGUGGAGAAGAGACGAAAGUCGUAGAUUUGAGAAAGAUUGAAUUCAAUUGUCACCAAACAAACCUUCCGAGAUACGUGGUGGAAUCGGUGUAUGGUUAUCCGGCAGCUCCACAGUUGUUCAGUGAUGAGAAUCCUAAUGCGUGUUCUGUUAUGUGAAAAGCCUGCUUCAUUUCGUAUUGUAUCUCUUCUACCAAUCAAAUAAAAUUAUGCUAAUAUUUAUGAUCAAAUUGAAUUUCUUUUUUCACCUCCUUCUUUAUGAAUCACUCAAAUACAUCACCCCAUUAUUUUAAAUUUCAUUUUUUGUUUUUUUAGUAAUCUAUCAACGUCAAAUUAAUUUAUUUCUAG